GGUCAUAUGACAGGCAGGAAGCAAAGCUGGGGAAGGAGGCUCUGUCACCAUGCCUCAGAAGCUCUCCAUGGAGAAGCAGGUCUACUCGGUGCCGCUAAUCCAGCCGGACCUCCGGAGGGAAGAGACCAUACAACAGAUCACCGACACCCUGCAGCACCUACAGACCGUGUCAAAUGACAUCUUCAACAGGAUACUUCAGCGGGUGGAGACUAACAGAACGCAGCUCAGAAACCUCAACAAUCGGGUCAGCCUGGCACAAGCCAAGAUAGAGAAGAUCAAAGGCAGCAAAAAGGCUAUUAAGGUUUUCUCUAGUGCCAAGUACCCGGCCCCUGACCGCCUUCAGGAAUACACGUCCAUCUUUUCCGGUGCCGAGGAAUUGUUUUUCGAGAAAAGGCCGCGACACAAAAUCCAGAGCAAGCACCGUCCGCUGGAUGAGCAGGCUCUGCAGGAGAAGUUGAAGUAUUUCCCAGUAUAUGUCGGCUCCAGGGCUCAUGAGGGAGAGGGGGCAGAGGAAGGACUGGGCAGUCUACCUCGAAACAUCAAUUCUGCCAGCUCUCUGCUACUCUUCAACACAACUGAGAAUCUCUAUAGGAAAUACGUGUUUCUGGACCCCUUGGCCGGUGUGGUCACUCGCACUAACCAGGUGGCCGAGGGAGAGGAUGGGGAUCGGCUAUUUGAUGCGCCCUUUUCUAUCACCAAGAGAGAACAAUCGGAACGACUGACAGCAGAGAAUUAUUUCUAUGUCCCAGACCUGGGCCAAGUCCCAGAGAUCGAUGUCCCGUAUUACCUGCCAGACCUGCCCGGCGUGGCCGAUGAUCUCAUGUACAGUGCUGACCUUGGCCCUGGCAUUGCUCCGUCAGGUCCAGGAGGUCCUAUACCCGAGCUUCCGACCUUUAGCACCGAGGUCAUAGAACCUUCCAAGAUCGAUGCGCAAGAUGGACCGCUCCUCCCACCACCACCUCCUCCUCCCCCGCCCCCUCCACCACCCACUCCACCUUCUUUGGCACCACCCGCACCACCGCCAACACUGCCGAUUAUCGGAGCGCCUGUGCCCACAGGAGCAGACAGCAAGAAUGGCAAUCCUGCUGUGGUCCAGGAAGCACCAAAUAAAGUGGUCAAACCAUCAGACGGCAGGGCGUCCCUGUUGGAGUCCAUUCGCCAGGCGGGAGGAAUUGGAAAAGCCAAUCUACGCAACGUGAAGGAGAAGAAGCUGGAGAAAAAGAAGAUGAAAGAGCAAGAACAAGUGAUCGCCACAGUAGGAGGAGGAGAUCUUAUGUCCGAUUUGUUUAAUAAGCUGGCGAUGAGGAGGAAAGGUAUUUCUGGAAAGGGGCCAGCAGCCGGAAAUGCAGACUCUCCAGCAGGAGCUUUUGCCCGAAUUUCGGACGCCAUCCCACCAUUGCCCCCACCACAAAUGGCGUCAGGUGAUGGCGAUGAAGACGCGUGGGAGUCUUAAAGGCAGUUUUUACAUUCUUGCUGGUAGAAGUGGCACCACCUGGCGAUUUAGAUCGGAUAACUGGACCUUGAAUCAUAACUAAGCUCAUUUUCUGAAUGGAAAACAUUACCAUAGCGCCAAUCAUUGGACUACAUUUUGUUGGACACUCCCAGAAGUGCUGAAGCCAGCUGUUGGCUGUGUAAAGACUUAUCAGAUUAGGGAGGUUCAGGGGAAUAUUUUUCUAACCCGAAACAUUGACCAUGAAAACAGCCACCACCUCUGAUCUAGCAA